AUGGGGCCCAAGAGCAGGAUCAUCAUAGUGGACCAAGUCAUGCCCGAGGCGGGUGUUCUGAGCAGCAUUGAGGAACAGCGCAAGGAUGCUGGACAUCGAGAUGAUGUUAGCUUCCACAGCCUGGGGAGGGACGAAGAGGGCUGGCAGUCGUUGAUCAAGCAGGCCGAUGAAAGGCUAGAGCUGCAUAGUAUCAGGAAAAUAACAGAGAACAUCCUUGCUGUCCUGGAGGUUGGAUUGAAGCAAAACAAUGAGUAG